GGAGCCAUGUUUGUGUGGUGCGAGUGUCUGCGGUGCUGAAGCUUCAGUUCCGAAAACCGAGUUCUGCGUUUUGUGACCUACGUAGGAUCGGAAUCUCGCUGAGAAUAAAGUCCAGCUUUGCGAGUGGCGGACAUUGCAUUUCAAUCACGACCGGUUCUCCGCAACCUCUCUUUGGAAGUUCGCCCGAAAUGAUCGUCUGAGGCGUCAGUCCACAGUGAAGACUUUCUGAACGUAUUUCCAGGAGUGGAGGAGUUCGGAGCGAGGAAAGAUGCGAGCUAUCCUGUUAAUUACUGCCUUGGUGGCGCUGAGCGAGGCUUCGAGCCUCGUCUCCAAGGCUCACGUUCGCAUGUUCUCGUGUGGAAAACUCCAUUAUAGGACGUUCCACUUGGACCAACGACACGAUGCGUUGUAUGUGGGUUCAAUGGAUCGAAUUUUCAAGCUCCCCACAAAGGACAUCAAUCGUACAAGGUGUGACAUGGACUCCCUCGCGCUGAAUCCCCACAACGUGCAGAGUUGCGUUUCGAAAGGCAAGAGCGAGCAAUAUGAAUGUCGGAACCAUAUCAAAGUCAUUCAACCCAUGGGACGGGACCGUCUCUACGUCUGCGGCACCAACGCUCAAAACCCCAAAGAUUGGGUCGUUCAUGCAAACCUAUCGCACAUUCAUGACACGAUCCCGGGAAUCGGGAGCGGCGUAGCGAAGUGUCCCUUCGAUCCCGAUGAUAACUCAACCGCAGUUUGGGUCGAGAAGGGUAACCCAGGCGAUCUUCCUGGGCUCUACUCGGGGACCGUAGCCGAAUUCACGAAAGCCGACACGGUCAUCUUCCGGACCGAUUUGUUUGAUCAGACCACUCGCCAGAAGAAGUAUCACUUCAAAAGAACUAUCAAAUACGAUUCCAAGUGGCUCGACAGGCCGAAUUUCGUGGGCUCCUUCGACAUAGGAGAAUACGUGUACUUCUUCUUCCGUGAGAGCGCCGUCGAGUACAUUAAUUGCGGGAAAUCGGUUUAUUCCCGGGUGGCUCGGAUCUGUAAACGAGACACCGGUGGCAAGAACAUCCUCAACAAGAACUGGGCCACCUACCUGAAGGCCCGUCUCAACUGCUCGAUUCCGGGCGAUUAUCCCUUCUAUUUCAACGAGAUCCAAUCUGUCUACAAGAUCCCCGGAGACGAUCGCAUGUUCUACGCCGUCUUCACUACGCCGAUGAACGGUCUCUACGGAUCAGCUGUGUGCGCGUUCUCGCUCGACUCGAUCAACGAGGUGUUCAACGGCAAGUUCAAAGAACAAGAAACUUCAUCUUCGGCAUGGCUGCCGGUACUCUCGUCGAAGGUUCCAGAACCUCGACCCGGAUCCUGUGUCAACGACACUCAGACCCUUCCUGAUUCCGUGCUCAACUUCAUACGGGGACAUUCGCUCAUGGACUCGGCUGUCGGUCAUUCUGGAGGGCGUCCGGUCUACCAUCGGGCCAACGUUGUGUUCACAUCCCUCGCUGUGCACCGCGAAGAGGUUGAAGGCGUGGAGUACACGAUUCAUUACGCCGGGUCUCGGGAUGGACGUGUUUUCAAACUGGUCCAAGGUAACACAGGGACCCAGCAGCCGUACUCGCAUCUGGUGGACGUUAUGCGCGUCACCGCUCCCGAACCGAUCCGUACGAUGGAGAUUUCCACGAAGCAUCGAGCUCUCUUCGUAGCUUCGGAUUCCGGCGUUGUUCAACUCGACCUGGUCAUGUGUCGUACGCGUCACAAGACUUGCAACCAAUGCGUCCGAGAUCCCUACUGCGGUUGGGAUCCCGAGCAACAAGAGUGUAGACCCUACUCUACUGGAUUCAUCCAAGACGUCGCCGGCGUGAUGCCAUCCGUCUGCGCAGCGUCUCUGAAACGUCGUGAAACUCGCGCUUUCUGGGGUGAAACGAUCCAUCUGGCGACUUGUGUCGACCCGCAGCGUCAUCCUCAGGGGCAGCCCCCGCAAUGGCGUCACAAUGGGGUCGAGAUCGUCAUGGGUCCGCGCAAGUUCCUCACAUGGGACGGAGGAUUGGUCAUCAUGGGGGCAAACCAGCGCGACGCAGGCCGCUACGAGCAGUCUCUGCUCCCUAACGGGGGUCCUAUCUGCGCUCAUAACGUCACUCUCGAUACUCAAACUUGCACGGCUCCCAACGAAGGAGAAUACCGAAAAAUGUACUCUGAAUGGUGCCAUGAAAUGGAGAGAUACAAAACCGCGCGGAAGAGCUGGGAGCAGAAGCAGCAAAAGUGCGCCAACUCGCCGAUAAGCCCGAACGACAUUGCUUUUAACUCUGUCUGAAGGAACUCAACUACUGAUCCGCAAAGGAUGGCCAUCGAUUGGUUUUAUAUCAUGAUCAACAAUUCUACAGAUCAAAGUUCAACUGCGAGAACGAGAGUCUCAACAAUCAAACUUUCAACGACGUGAAAAUCGAAGCCUCCUCGGCCAAAACAAGCGAUGCCAUAUUAGGGCAAUAGGGACCCAUGACCGAAAUCAGUCGCCGGUGAAUUAGUUGACUUUCUGUUGUACUCACGGCAAUACGAAUGUUCCGUGGAGCUGGGAUUUGUCGACGAAAGAACAGAGGACUGAACCAUUCAGGAGCUGUUUGUCUUGGCGUCCAUGAUGCCCUUCGCGAUUUCCUACCGAGCCUCGUAUGCGUCGAUUCUGUCCACUAAUUCCAGCCACAUCGGUCACUCUAGAUAGAUUUAUUCUACCCAUCGAAUCGUAGUUCACUGGACGGAGGAUUCAAGAAUUGAAAUCUCGCCCGAUCGACGGCAUGAACGAAUGCCAACAUCUUGUACAUAAUUCUCAGAGAGCGAGCAAUAUUCAUUUGAUGGGUUCGAAAUCAUUGGCUAAUAUCUAUAUAUUAGGUGAGGCUUCUCUUUUUUAGCACUAGCCAUAGUUAUUGUGAUGGAGAAAAAGCGAGAACAGAAGCGAUUGAUGGUUUCUCAGCCGGUGUAGCGAACCGCGGAGAGCAUGGUUUCUAGUGUAUUGAAAUUCGAGCGCGAUCUCGAUAUGAACUUAAGAACUGUCUUGGUGGAUUUUCAUUUGAAAUAACUUUCUCUGCUGUUUAGGGCAGCAAGGACUUCGCGAAGAUCUCUUCCGCAACGAUCUGAAAAUACCUGAGCUAUGACAUGCAAACUAGUUAUGCUUAGUUUUAAAAUACAUUAUAUAUUAUCGAUAUAUAUUCGAUUCAUUCUCGGCAUACAAACGUGUGUUGUUUUUCUUCUCCUUCCUCCUACCUCGAGCCGGUCGCCAGGAGCCGUACUUGCCUGCGCCACGGAAGUUAGGUCCGGCUUCCGGCCGGCCAUGACCCAAGGAAGCCAUUCCGAUACUGAUCCGAAGGGAACCAUGAACUCUUUGUUUCCGUAGGAAGCGGCCGGCUGUCGGAUCCGAGAUCACGACCUCCAGCUCGAAGGAACGUCAACGUGGCGAUCAGAUCCGCACGUAACGUCCGAA